CUGAGCCGUUUAAGGAAACUAUUGUUAAAGUUUGGCUGGACUUGUUUUGGUCUGGUCAGCCACCGAGACCGACGUUUUGUUGACAAUGUGAUUGUUAAUUAACAGCUGAGUGGUAAAGAAAUAUUAGUGUCAAAUGUUUAUGGCAAUGGGGUCAGUGAAACUCAACGCUGGGCAAGAAAAUUCAGCGACGGCGGCCACAGUCGCAGAGGCCAAGUUGGUGUGCCAGGGAGUAAACAACCAGAGCUACACCUGUGAGUCAGGUCACUGCUGUGGAGAGACACAGUGCUGCAGCUACUACUAUGAACUGUGGUGGUUCUGGCUGGUGUGGGCUCUGAUCAUUAUCCUGACAUGCUGCUGUGUUUGUCAGCACUGGCGCUCCAAGCAACGUUUCCAGCAGCAGCGCCGGCAGAACGAGAUCAACCUCAUUGCAUACAGAGAGGCUCACAACAACUCUCACCUACCCCUUUAUCUCAGAUUCUUGCCCACCUACCUGUUACCAGCCUAUGAAGAGGUAGUUGAUCGCCCAGUCACACCACCUCCUCCCUACACCCCUCUUCAGCCAGCACCUACUCCCACAGACCCACCUGAGGAAUGCCCUUGCCCACACUCAUCAGUCUCUGUCCCUAGUGAUGCUGAUGCAGUACUCCCUGCUACUCCAGAGGUCACGCAGCCCCACCUUCACAGCGCGUACAAUCCCAACAAGGACUCGACGCCGGGCAGGUACCGGCGCUUCACAGGGGAUUCUGGGAUUGAAGUGUGCGAUGGCCAGGAACUUUGGGAUCAGCACAGCUUUUUAGAAAAUGAGGAAGAGACAGAAGAAGAGGGGACGGGACAAAUGGAGGACCCAUGUGAUCGCUGUGGUCCAGAGACCUUUGAACACAGCCAUAUUGGUGGAGCAGACAUUACUGAAAACACAGAUGGACACGCAGCCAUGGAUACAGAGCCACAGUCCCUUAGGUAAUCCAAAAGAAUGCCUUUAAUAUCUGCAGUCCUAAAACAAAACUCUGCAGCAGUCUCUUCUGCAAUAUUAUGCCUUUGGUGCUCAGAGGUUUGGCCUGUUUUCACCUGUGUACAUAUGUAACACCAGUGUGUGACAGGCCUGAAGACAAAUAUGACUAAAUAUUUUAAUACAUAUUUUAAUUUUAAUUUUAAUAUAUUUUAACAAUUUUGAAAACUGUAAAGCUACAUCAUGCAAUUUCUGGUUUGGAGCAGAGUGUGUUUUUAGCCAAGCUCUGCUCAUUUUCAAGUCGAAUUUGGACAGUUGCUCACAUUGAAGAGCUGUCCAACUGUCUGCAUUAAAAUUUUCUCCCGCCAGGGGGCAGCACUGAUUUUCAUGUUCAUAUACUCGGUUCUUAAAACUUUGUUCAAAGGUUCCUUGAGUCACAGAUCCUGAUGUAACUUAAGGAGCUGUUGCUCUGUCACUGCAUAGGUCUAGGUGAGGGUUCAGUAAUAUAGAGCUAGAGUUUUUUUGCAGAUACUGAUACAUGACAGUUGUUUUUUUAAAUCCAGUAACCAUAUAGGAAAAGAUAGUUGUUUUUUUACAUACAAGCAUAACAUGAUUUUUUUUUUCCAUAAAGAUGCCUUAAAUUUGAUUCUAAAAGAACUGUGACCAAAAUAUGUACCAAUUAGAACAUUUUGUAGUGAUAAUGUAACUAUGUAAUGUAAUGUAAGCCACCUUAAACAUUUCCUCUGAUACUGAUAUAUCAGUGAUAAGAUGAAAUCAGCCCGCUGUCUAGUGGAAGCUAUGUCUUAAAUAUCUCAGGUUGCAGUAAGCUACGUAGAGCACUGUAGAAAAUCAUUGAGCAGGACUGCUUUAGCAUCAUUGACUACAUUUGCAUGCACAGAUUAUUCUUGUUUUGCCCUUAAUCCCAAAAUAGACAAUAUUGUUAUUAAGCUAUUUACACGGCUAAUGAAAAUUCCAUUAAUAGUCCAAUUAACAUGCCCCAGCAUGUCAAUGUUCUAUAAAAGGCAUGGCCUCAUUUAUGAUAUAAUAUUUUACAGAGGUAAAAUCAUUAUGGCAGUACUUUUUAUAUUACGUCAUUUAUUUACCUAUAUAUAAGAGAAAAUACACUUUCAGCACUGUGGGGAAGGACAGCUCCAACUUAUGAUGUAUGUCAAUAUGGAAAAGUGGAACAACUUGGGUGGCUUGUCAUUUUUUCAAAGGUUUCUCACCAGUGGUGGACUUAUUGGAUCAUGCAAACACAGCCUCCCUCUUUCAUUCCCUUUAAAAACCUUGAAAAUCUUUGCAUUGAGAUAUUUCUGGACAUAACAAAACCUGUUGAUAUCCAAGGCUUUCAUAAUGUUAAAAGGUAGAUGUGUCUUCUUCUGACAUGAAUUGUGGGCUUUUCUUUUGCAUCCCUACCCCAGCUUUGCAAACUGUUGGUGAAUUGGUUUGGUUACAACACAUCAAUGACAAUGUACAAAACUGACUAUAAACAGACAAGAGGCUGUGUCGCAAACUGCAGUAAAAACACCAAUUGAGAUGUAUAUUGUGAUUGCGCUGUAUACAUGCCUAAAGAAUGCUAUUAAAACGCGAAUAAUACAGGCAUAUCCCACAUCCCAUCAGAAAAUGUAAAAUUCAGAAUAAGGCCUCAUUCAGAAUAUCUAAAUGGAAUAUGCUAUUUACAUGACCUGCAUCAAAUUCAGAAUACUGUCAUAUUAUGAAUAAUAGUGGAAUAUUAGUGUGCAUGUAAACAUAGUUAAUGUCAUGAAGUACCUUAAGUUGUCAGGUAUUAUUGCUGGAUCAGCCCAAACCAGACAGUCCUGGCUGGUUAUUGUAUCCAUAACACUUUCUACAUAGAUAUACCACAAACUGUAUCAUGAUAAAUAUUAUUUUAAUGAUCUAAAAUUACAAGUAUUGCACAUGUGGGUUUCAUACAUUUUGCCCACUUUAUAACAAGUUGAACUGGUAAUUUCAGCUCAAUGCUACAUUUGACAUGAAUGCCCAGUCCAACCAAGCUGAACAGAGUCUAAACUGCAGCUAAAGAGCCGCAGAGGAACGCCACAUACUAGUGCUCUGUAAUAAUGCUGUAUGUGACACUUAAAACUCACCUGGCAUCUUCACUGACAAUAUAAAACAACUUUGCAUAUUGUACUCUGGUGUCUUAAGAUAUAUCCUGGUUUAUACUAUGAAUUGGCUACUUUAUUAUGUGAAUAAUCACAUUUUGAAUCUAUAACACAGCAUGUAGUUGAUUCACAUUUACUAUACAUAAGCAUUGCCAUCAUAAUGCCACACAUGGGGACAACAUUCAAGUUCAGAGACCAUAGCUGAGCUGAUGACAGAGCUACAGCCCCUAAAUAUCCAUGUUUUUUUGUUGAUCAUAUGAUCAACAAAAAAACAUGGGACGCUUUUCGGACAGUUGUCACAUGAUUGGAGGUUUUGCAAAAAUGUUCUGCAUUUGUUUCUUUGAUAAUAACGCUGACAAUCAGAAAGUGGUAAUUUAGAAACCUAGUGUUUUAUAUAAUCAGUUUUCCAUCAUUUAGAUAAUGUACCAGAUAGUCAAGUCUGAUACAACAAGACUAAUGUUUUACAGACUGUCACACUUGGUAUAGUCAACCAGGACAGGUGAGAAAAGUAUUGAGAUGGUAAAAAAGAAAAGGUAAAUGUGCAAAAUAUUGCUAAAACUCCAAUCAUGGUCAAAUAUUGUUUAUAAAAGGGUUUUAAAAAACUCAAGAUUGAUUUAAUGAUACUUCUUGAAAAUCACCAGCUGCAUACUAUGCAUUCACUGCCAGCAUGUUUGUAUACAGGAUGGACUCUUAAGUACAUGAUCAGUUUUCUGCUCCCUGCUGAUGAUCAUUAGGUCUAAGGUCAAAGAGUCUUAAGUCAGCAUCACACUGCUGUUAUAUUAGAUGCCAUAGUGCCAUAAUGUAUAGCCUUAUUUAGCCUUUGAAUAGAAAAUAUUUAGGUGAACUUAUUCAUAGCUCUGGAGUCUCUUUGACUUUGAGUUGACAAUUGUAACCCCUCAGUGUACUCUGAUACAAUCAUCAUUCAAUCCAUGCUAUUUUAUGCAGGAUUUGGGUUUCUUGAAGUUUUGCCAAAAAAUUCUGCACGUCAGAUCUGGGUUUAAUACUGCACAAUGACCAAACUCAAUUUGUAAAGACUAUAUGAACAUAUCACCAUCAGUGUGUUUAUUCUGAAAGCACACAGUAUACAAAGGGGAUGACUGACUAUGGUGCAGCUUGUGGAUACACUCCAUGUAAAAACGUGUCAGUCAAAUACAAACCUUUCAGUGCACUGAGGGAACGUUUCUCCAGCUGAGCACUUUUCAACAUUAUGCAGCAUUGAACAGUGGUCUUCAGCACCUGCUGCUACACUGUAUGUGUACAUAUAUGUGUAUGUAUAUACAUAUAUAUAUAUGCUCUUUAUUAUCAUCUGCUGAAUGAAAUUAUAUUUUUCUGUAGCAUUUUGUAUAAAAUAUGGUUAUUAAAAGUUAUGGAUGACA